AUGAGUCUCGGAUAUGAAGCUGUCGAUAUUUUGGAUUGUUUCCUUUUGGACUAUAGUUGUCUUGUUCACUGGAGUAACAGUCACUGACAAAACAGAUGAUGUUUGUCCACAUCUCAGACUUGAUGGUUGGCAGUUUAGACAAAAUCAGAAGCAAGUUGUUGAAGUUCCAGGUUUUGAUCUAGCAGAAAGGUUUUCCCUAAGAGAUGCCUCUGAUGGAGAAGACAACCCAGUGUUCAAACUCGGAGGUAGAUCACUCAUUAGGGACUCAGAGAUAGUCUUUUUUAAUGGAUUUCCAGAAGAAUAUUCGUUAGUGUUUACAUUCCGCCUCAGGCGAAACAGUAAAAAAGAACGUUGGUAUAUCUGGCAAAUUUUUGACCAGCAAGGCAGUCCACAGAUUUCUAUUAUUGUUGAUGGAGCAAAGAAAGUUGUGGAGUUUAUAGCCAAAGACCUCCAGAGAAAUACAUUACACUACACCUUGCAAAGUCGUGAACUGCACCAAUUGUUUGACCGCCAGUGGCACAAGCUUGCCAUCUCUGUACAGUCCAGAAUUAUUUCUGUCUAUGUAGACUGCAAAUUGAUUGAAAGAAGACAUAUUGGGGAUACAGACAUCAUUGACUUUCGGGGAAAAACUCUAAUUGCAACUCAGGUUCAAGAUGGCAAACCAGUAGAUAUAGAGCUUCAACGUUUAUUAAUUUAUUGUGACCCAAAACUGGCAUCUCAGGAGAGCUGUUGUGAAAUGCCAGGUGGCACGUGUCAAGUGAAAGAAGGUACCUUGGCUACUCCAGCUCCAAUUAUCAAUGCACAGGUCAUGAAACUGCACACACCUCUUAUACCUGAGCAGCAGACAAAAGACAAGUGUCACUGCAUUGCAGAGCAGGGCUUGCCAGGCUUGCCAGGAGAACAAGGCCUUCCUGGUCAGAAAGGUGACAAGGGAGAGCAGGGUGAAAAGGGAGACCAAGGUGAUGAUGGCCAUCAGGGGCCUGCAGGAGAAAAGGGUGAAAAGGGCUUUAUUGGAAUUCCUGGACUUCCUGGUCAGGCAGGGCCCAAGGGCGACCGCGGAUCCGAUGGUAGCAAAGGAGAGAGAGGGGAGCCGGGUUUGAAAGGUGACCCUGGCCUUCCUGGAUUAAUGGGCCUCACAGGAGAAAAGGGUGAACCCGGAUCACCAGGACUCUCUAGCAUGCCUGGUCCAGAAGGGCCAGAAGGUCCUCAAGGUCCACCAGGAAUGGAGGGUCAGAGGGGAAGACGUGGCAAGCCAGGUCCACCUGGAAAACCUGGACCACCAGGACCACCAAUGAAAAGGCUUCUCAAGGUGAAAAGACAGAGAAAGGAGAGCCUGGGAUUUCUGGUCCUACUGGAACAAAAGGAGAGAAAGGGGAUAUGGGAAUUGAAGGCAGUGCUGGCCCAGCUGGUAUUAAAGGAGAAAAGGGAGAAGUUGGCCCCAGGGGUCCACCGGGCCCACCAGGACUGUUAGAAGCUGCACUCAGGCAUCCUGCGCAUACAGGAGAAGAAGGGAUUCAGGGACCCAAAGGACUGAAGGGUGAAACAGGUGAACCUGGCCUACCUGGUCCCCCUGGAAUCCCUGGCUCAGAGGGUCAGCCUGGACCUCCUGGACCUAUUGGAACUCCAGGAGAAGCUGGCUUACCAGGAGAACCAGGUCUUCAAGGAACAAAGGGAGAGAAGGGAGAUUCUGGUGGGAUUCAAGGACCUCCAGGGCCAGAGGGUCCAAAAGGUGAACCUGGACCACCAGGAAUGGGGCUUCCUGGAAAAAAAGGUGAACCAGGUGUUCAUGGAGCAAAAGGCCCACGAGGACCUAAGGGUGAAAGAGGUCUGCCUGGCAUUCCAGGGUCACCUGGUGAAAUGGGACCCUCAGGAAAAGAUGCAGAAGGCCUACCAGGUCUUCCAGGAGAAGCAGGGAUUCAGGGUCCAAGAGGUAUCCCAGGCUUACCAGGUCCUCCAGGUGCUCCAGGCCCUAAGGGUGCUCCUGGAAGAGAUGGCAUUCCAGGAUUACCAGGUCCACCAGGUGAUUCGACUGCAAUUCCACUUUUAGGAGACACUGGAGUAUUGAUGAAGAACAUCUGUAACAGCUGUCAGGGGGGUCAUCAUGGUGCUCCUGGAAUAAAGGGUGAAAAGGGUGUCCCUGGUAUUCCUGGAUAUAAUGGCCAAGAAGGCAACAAGGGUGAUCUAGGACCAAGGGGUCCUCCAGGAUUUCCUGGCAAAGAGGGACCAAAGGGAAUAAAAGGUGAACGUGGGUUUCCUGGCCUUCCGGGAGAGAAAGGAGACGAGGGUCCUCAGGGUAUCCCAGGAAUCCCUGGCCAACCUGGCUUCACUGGUGCACCGGGUCUAGCUGGAAGACCUGGGCAUCCUGGUCCACAGGGAAUUAAAGGAGAAAAGGGAAAUGAAGGACCACCAGGACAAAUGGGACCACCAGGGCCCCCUGGUUCCCCUUCAAUGGAAAGAAAUGGAAUGAGCAGUUUAUACAAGCUACAGGGAGCAAGGAUACUUCCAGGCCCACCAGGCCCACCUGGACCAAAGGGAGAUCAAGGGCCAAUGGGAGACCCCGGCCCGAUGGGAUUGCCUGGACUUGAAGGACUUCCUGGAGAAAAGGGUGACCGUGGAUUACCAGGCCCACCAGGUUCACCAGCAUCACCGGGAGCACCUGGCACAGCAGGACCUCCAGGGAACCCAGGAGAACCUGGUGAACGAGGGCCUGUAGGAGAUAUAGGUUUUCCUGGACCAGAAGGACCACCUGGGCCACCAGGACGAAAUGGAAGAGAUGGCUACCCAGGACAAGAGGGUCCUCCAGGUAGACAAGGUGACAGAGGGCCCAAAGGAGAACGAGGUGAUCAAGGCAUACCAGGGGAUAGAGGUCUUCAAGGUGAAAGAGGAAGACUUGGUCCUCCUGGUGAGAAGGGAGAAACAGGACAAGAUGGGCCUACUGGAAAAAAGGGUGACUUAGGUACACCAGGUCCCUCAGGGCCUCCUGGCCCUCCAGGUCCAAUGGGAACUUCUAUUCUGUCUGAAGAAAUUAAACACUUCAUCAUACAAGAAGUCAUGAGGGUGUUUGAUGAGAGAAUGUCGUACUACAUCUCACAGCUGAAAUCUCCAGCUGCAAUGCUAGCAGCACAAUCACAAGGCAAGCCAGGCCCUCCAGGAAAGGAUGGACUUCCAGGACUACCAGGAUCACCGGGAGAACCCGGACCCCCAGGACAGCCAGGUUAUAGAGGGCAGAAAGGUGAAAGGGGUGAACUUGGAAUUGGACUCCCAGGAGCUCCAGGACCAUCUGGGCCACCAGGAACAAGUGUGACAGGACCUGCAGGCCCUCAUGGUCCUCCAGGACUAAAUGGAAAAUGCAACCCUUCAGACUGUUAUCGGCCCAUGUCAAGUCUUCGACAGUACAACCAUGGAUAAUCAUCUGACCUUCAGAAAUGUGUUUUAUUUCAUUUGCAUUUGUGAAUCAAAUACCUGAUCUUGUUUCAUAUCAUGUUUAACUAGGGGAAAGUAUAUAUACGUGCAUUCAUACAGACAUACAUGUGAGUGCAUGUGUGUGUGUGUGUGUGUGUGUGUGUGUGUGUGUGUGUG